AAGUUGUGUCGGUUGGUCGGUAUUUUUUGUGCCACAUUAUAAACAAGUUAAAAGAAAAAUACCUAAGAAAACUAAAAAUAAAAAUUUUAAAUAUUUUUUGGAAAAAAAAAACCCAAACAUUUAAAAAGGAAGGGAAGAGUGGUGGGCAGCGAGUGUGUGAGGGUUUUUAUAAGGUGUGUUGCUGCGUAGUGCGUUCGCGUAUAUUGGAGUGGCUGCUGGUGCUGUUGAAGCUGCUAAUGAUUGCUGUUGCAUCGUUAAGUCUGCGUGCAUGAGUGUUGUUUGCCUUCACAAUUGAAUGAUUUAAAGUUGUCUUCUUUAUCUUUUUUUGAAAAUUCGCUGCACGUUUACUCAUAUUACUUUUACAUGUCCAUGUAUGUAAUUUUGGAAAGCUAGUGCUUAAAAUUUGUGUUGGUCCAUUGUUAAGACAAUUUUAUUGAAAAUUCUUUACUGAAAAACAAGAAAAAAAAAAUAACAAUUAAAAACACUCUUAAAAAAGUUUUUCAAAAGAAGCAGUUAAAACAAAAAAAUAUAUAAAAAGCCAUUAAAUUUUGACAUCAACUUGUUUAUUUACUUUUUUAUUAUAUUUAUUGUUGCAGCACAAGUGUGUUUUUCAUGUCACUAUUUUAACAUUUAUUGUUAUUUUCCACACUUGCUCCAUUAAUUGUACUUCUUCAACUGUGCUCCUGCUCCGCCUCUAUAUCCUCCUUUAAACUCGUAUACCGCCGCGUUUGGUUGCCUUUUUGUUUUGUCGUUGUUGUCAGUUUAUGAGUUCAUUAUUAAAGUUGGUCGGGGGUGUUUAAGUGAAUUGUCACCGUCAUACAAUCAUACAUACGUGUUUGUUCAUACAUUGUUUUAUUUUAAUUACAUUUCUUGCUGUUGUUGUCGUUGUUGGUGUGGACGUUAUUUAUGAAUCCAGAUGAAAUUACUUUUUUGCCACGCAUUGCUGAAGAAAAGAAAAAUCUUGGUAACGACCAAUACAAAGCACAAAACUAUCAGUCUGCUUUGAAAUUCUACUCGGACGCCAUAUCACUAUGUCCCGAUUCGGCAACGUACUAUGGCAAUCGUGCUGCCUGUUAUAUGAUGUUAUCCAACUAUACGAAUGCAUUAAAUGAUGCUCGUACCGCAGUGCGUUUAGAUCCUAAAUUUGAAAAAGCCUAUGUGCGUAUUGCUAAAUGUUGUGUGGCCAAGGGUGAUAUUAUUGGCACCGAACAGGCAAUUAAACGUAUAGAAGAAAUUGAUGCUCAAAGUAAUGCUGUUAAUGCCGAGAAACAGGCUGUACAGCAAUUAAGACAAUUGGAACAGACCAUACAAACUAAUUACGAUACGAAAGCCUAUCGUAAUGUAGUUUACUAUUUGGACUCGGCCAUUAAACUAGCACCAGCUUGUUACCGUUAUCGUCUUUUGAAAGCCGAAUGUUUGGCUUAUUUGGGUCGCUGUGAUGAAGCUGUUGACAUUGCCAUUAGUGUUAUGAAAUUGGAUAGUACCUCGGCUGACGCCAUUUAUGUGCGUGGUUUGUGUUUCUAUUAUACCGACAAUUUAGAGAAGGGCAUUAAACAUUUCGAAUUGGCCUUACAAUUGGAUCCCGAUCAUAAAAAAGCCAAAGAGAUGCGCACCAAAAGCAAAACCCUCAAGGAUAUGAAAGAGAACGGCAAUGUUCUGUUCAAAUCCGGCCGCUAUCGUGAAGCUCAAGCUGUCUACACGGAUGCCUUACAAAUCGAUGAAUUCAAUAAAGAUAUCAAUUCGAAACUUUUAUACAAUCGCGCCUUAGUCCACUCUAAAAUCAAUAAUCUGCGUGAGGCGGUAGCUGAUUGUACUCGUGUUUUAGAAAUUAAUGAUAAAUACUUAAAGGCGUUGUUGUUGCGUGCCCGUUGCUAUAAUGAUCUCGAGAAAUUCGAUGAAUGUGUUAAUGAUUAUGAGGCCGCCUUACAGAUUCAAAAGACUCCGGAGAUUAAGAAAUUGUUGCGUGAUGCCAAAUUUGCUUUGAAGAAAUCUAAACGUAAGGAUUAUUAUAAGAUUUUGGGUGUCUCUCGCAGUGCUGGCGAAGAGGAGAUAAAGAAGGCUUAUCGCAAGAAGGCUUUAGUUCAUCAUCCCGAUCGUCAUGCCAACAGUUCGCCUGAGGAACGUAAAGAGCAGGAGUUAAAAUUUAAGGAAAUUGGUGAGGCUUAUGCGAUUUUGUCGGAUCAAAGGAAAAAGAUGCGUUACGAUAGUGGUCAAGAUAUGGAAGAACAUGAACAGGCUGAUUUUGAUCCUAAUCAAAUGUUCCGUCACUUCUUCCAAUUUGGUGGUGGCCCUACCGGUCAAUCGUUUGGGUUUGAAUUUUAAACAUAAAUUGAAAAAAGUUGCGUUAUUAUUGUCAUCUAAAAAUAACAACAUGAACUCUUAAAACUCUUUAAACAAAAUCAACAACCAACUAUACCACCCGCCGUCGUCAUUGUUGUCAUCCUUAACAAUAUUACCAUAAAAAAAAGAACACAACAACAGCAAUUGCAACAAAAUCUUUAAAAACGCAACAAAAAACCCCUUUUUAAAAAAAUUAUAUAAUUUUGCAUGUUCAUUAAAAAUUAAAUACAAAUUUAAUAAACAUUAUAUAAAUGAUAAAAUUUAAUAAUAAAAAUUAAAACUUAAUAUAUUCCAACAAAUGCCACAUGACAGACAACAAGAAAAAAAAACUAAAACUAAUUUAACAGCAUAUUAGAAAAGAAAAUAUAAAUAAAUAAUUGUGGACUUAAUAGCAAAAAAACCUAAUUUCAAAAAAAAAGAAUUAAAAUUUGUUAAAAUUAAUUGAAUUCAAUAUCAAUAUAACUGAUUAAAUUUAAAAAAUAAAUAAAUAAAAAAAUACCUUAUAGCUAAACCACAAAUUAUACUUAGAUUAAACAUAGAUUUUACAUAAAAACAUAAUGAAAAUAAAACAAAACAGCAAAAAAAUAUAGAAAAAAAUCAAAAACAAUGUAUUUGUUAUUGUAAAAUUACUU